AAAGUAACACAAAUUUCAAAACAAAAAAGACUCAAAACCAUAAAAAAUGAAACAAAAAAGAAAAAAUAUAGAAAAGAAAAUCAAAAAAGACAACUUAAAAGUAAUAAAAAGUAGAAAAUUUCUAAAAAAAGAGAAAAAAAUUUCAAAAAAUACACAAAAACAAAACAAUUUAUCUAUUUCUAAAGAAAUAUCUACAUAUGAAAACAAGGAAAUUAACAAAUCCGUUGAAGAAACAAAUAAAAACACACAACUUACAAAAUUACAGCAAAAAAUGAAAUUAAAAUUAUCAGGAGGAAAAUUCCGUUUAAUUAAUGAACAUUUAUAUAAUAUUACAAGCAGAGAAGCAAUGGAAUUCUUCAAAAAAAACCCAGAAAUGUAUGAAGUGUAUCACACAGGCUUUCAAAACCAGAUAUCAUCUUGGCCAAAGAAUCCAAUUGAUUUGAUAAUUGAAGACUUAUCUGAAUUUAUAAAUGAAUCUACAGAAGUAACGCUCAAUGUAGCAGAUUUAGGAUGUGGAGAUGCAAAAAUAGCAAGAACAAUGAAAGAUAUAUCAAAUAUUAAAGUAUAUAGUUAUGAUCUAGUAUCUCGAAACUCAUUUGUUACUACAUGUGAUAUAUCUAAUCUGCCGCUUAAAAGCUCAACAAUUGAUAUAGCUAUUUUUUGCUUAAGUCUUAUGGGAACAAAUUAUAUCGACUUUUUAAAAGAAGCAUGGAGAAUUUUGAAAAUGAAUGGAAAACUAUGGAUUGUUGAAAUUAAAUCUCGAUUUAUGGAUAAUGAAGGAACAGCCUUUUGCACAGCACUAUCGUCACUUGGAUUUUCGCUUGUAAAAAAAGAAACAUCAAAUAAAAUGUUUAUAUAUUUAUAUUUUAAAAAAACUAAUGAACUUAAUGAAAAAAAUUUUGGCAUAUUACUCAAAUCAUGUAUAUAUAAACGGCGGUAGUCAUUUCAAAUAUCUAUUAUACCCUUCUAGAGAGCACUUUCUACUACAUACUUCUCACGAUAUUCUUGUAUUAAUUUCAAUUUUUCUUCAUUUAGUUCUUUUUUGGAAUAAUCUAUAAUAUCUUUGAAAGUAAUAAUUGCUUCUACUGGAAUUUGAUAUUCUUGACGCAUCAUUUCAACUACACUUACUUCUUCGUCAUUUCCUUUUUCUUGACGAUCCAAUAUUUCUACAAUUCCAACUAGUUUUCCUCCUUCUUUUUCAACAAUACUUAUUGCCUCUCGAAUUGCUGUACCAGCUGUAAUUACAUCGUCCAAAAUCAAUACCUUCUUUCCCUUCAUUGAUGUCCCAACAAUAUUACCUCCUUCUCCAUGAUCUUUUUUCUCUUUUCUAUGAUAUACAAAUUCAAUAUUCUCUUUAGUUUUAUCCAGUUCACAAAGUUUUAAAGUUGUAAUUGCACCUAAAGGAAUUCCUUUAUAUGCAAGUCCAAAAAUAAUAUCAAAUUCAAUAUUCAAAUUUAAAAUAACAUGGGAAAAGGCAAUUGCUAGUGAUUUAAGAAGAACAGAACUAUUCAUAAAACUACUAUUAAAAAAAUAUGGACUUUUUCGACCAGAUUUUAAAAAAAAUGUACCAAAUUUAAGAGCACCAGAUUUUUUUGAAUGAAAAAGAACAUCUUCCUUAUAACUCAUCUUUAUCUUUAU